UUCCAAAUCAGCGGCCCUAAACUCCCUAUCUCUCUCUCGUUUCUCAAACUAUAACCCUAACCCUGUCACCCUCUUUCGUAUUCCUCCUCGGCGAGGACCUUUAGACCAUAGCAGCACAACAACCGGCGACCUUCCGUCUCUCUCUCUUGCUCUCGUUCUAACCAGCAGGGGAACCGGCGGCAGAGCAGAUUGACGGUGGUGGGAGGAUCGGGCGAGGACCUCCAGCGAACAGUAGCAGAUCGGAGCAGUAGGUGGUGGUCUCUCCGGCGUGGCUGGUCAGUGAAAAACUCCAUCGGAGCAGUAGAUGGUGGUUUCUCCACUUAGCGAAACCAUCUCCAGAUCUCCGACGCCCGUCAUCUCCUUCGACUGCGAUGCCCGCCACUCAGCCGACGACCUCCAUCUCCUCCCCGCCGACGCUCUCCACUCUGCCGUGACCUGCAGUGAAAGUCACCGCCGACGACCCCGCACACCACUGCCGACGCCACCGUUGGAAAAAUGUUUGCAUUAUAACAUUAAAAUGAAGUAUGAAGAGUGUUCAAAGUUGGUGGUAAAUCAGUAUUCUCCCAGAACUUCAAACAGCACAAUACCCAUCAAAUUAGGGAAAACUUGCAGGCAACAGAUAAGCAAGAAGCUUGAGCACAUUCCAAAGCAAUAUCAUCUUUCUGUGGGAGUGGCCAAGUGAUGCUGCUCUUCUUCUUGUUUGCUGCUCUUGUUUUUUCCUGACGAAUGGAAAUUGGUUUGAAAUUCACAAGGAGUAGAGGAUAUUUAAUUUUAAUGUUGAUCAUGUUGUUAUCAUUACUAUGUAAUGAACUCAUAAUGUGUAUAUUUUAUCAUUAAGAUUGAAAUACUGUAAUUUUUAGAAUUUUAAUUAUUUCAUUAUAUUGAGAGCUACAGUGUGCAAAAAAA